UUCUUCCUUGGUAUGCUGACACACUCGCAGUGAGCGAAGGAUCCGAUAGACGAGACUGGUUUUGAAUUAUAGAAAUGUUCAAGAAAUCGGUGGAAGCAAAAUCGCAGCAGCGAUUAUCGGGUGCCGACCGUAAGAAAUUGAAGCGAACCAUCAAAGAACGGUUUCCGAAUGCUUCCGAUUCCGACCUCGACACCUUAAUUCCACCUAAGGUAGAGAUAACUGUCUCGAAGCACCCAAAUCGUGUUCUUAUUUACAGUUUGGAAGGUGGAUGGCCAAUGUUCUUUGAUGUUGAUAGCAGAGGCACGUCGAUAUUUCCAACAGUCUUUGCACUAUGGAAAGUUCCUCAUCUUCUACCUGCUUUCAUUCUGAAAGGAGGUGAGGUUUCACGUUAUGUGAUUGGAGGGGCAGAUCUGAUGUUUCCUGGUAUCAGUAUAGAUUCAGAGGGUCUGCCUGAGUUUUUAGCUGGGGAGACAUGGGCCGUUAAAGUGCCUGGUAAUCCAGCUCCAAUCGCGGUUGGGUCUACCUGCAUGAGCAGCUCAGAGGCUCUAAAAGCUGGUCUCCGUGGAAAGGCUUUAAAGAUAAACCAUCACUAUCGGGAUGCACUUUGGGAAUCAGCUGAAGGUCGAUAUGUGCCCAAUGAUGGCUUUCUGGAAGAUGUAGUGUUUGAGGAUCCGUCUCUGUCGACUACUUCUCAGCAAUUUGAGUUGUCACAUGCUGAUGCUGCAAAUCAUAACAGUGAUGCAGAUAACGGAGAAUUAGAGGCGGGUAUGGAUGGCCCAGAUGCUAGUUAUCCUGAUUCAUCUACGAAAAUGCAGGCAAACCCGAAUAUUGCCCAACAAGUAACAACUGAUCUUGGUGAUCUGAAGGUGAUGGAAAAUGUUCAAAGUGAUAAGGGCAUUGUUGAGGAUCAACAUACGCUUUCGGUUGAGGAUAUAGAUGCACUUUUGGACAAAUGCCUUCUGCAAGCAUUUUAUACUACCCUUAAGGAUAAAGAUCUUCCUAUUGCUGGAAGUACAUUAUGGGCGAAUCAUAUAUUACCUUGUAGGCCACCUGGCACCGUGUUGGAUAUUAAGAAGUCAUCACACAAAAAGUUGUCAAAGUGGUUACAAUCCAAGUCUUCUGAAGGACUGAUUUCAUCGAAAGAAGAUAAGUAUAAAAAAGAAGUUAUGGUUUUGGCUGUUAACCGCAAGCAUCUGGAUUACACAUCUUUUAAGCCUGAAAAGCAACAGGUGGAGAAAACCGAACAAACCGUUGAUCCUGCUAAUGAAGCAGAUAUCAACCGAAUGAUGGAGGUUGUGGAGAUUUACAAACCGAGUGUGCACGUAAAUCCCAUUUUCACUUCAGUUGGAGCCGAUACACGCCAACUUUAUAGUGCAUCGGAAGCCAGCGAAGUUGUUUUUGCUUAUGUUGAAAAAGAAAACCUGGUAAGACCAACAAACAAGUCGGUCGUGGUUCUAGAUGCGAUUUUGUGCGAUUCUUUAUUUAAGGGCGCGAUAAAGAAAGGUUCCACAUAUCCUUCUGAAAUACAUAAGAAGGAUUUAGCGCCAACGUUUAUAAGUAGAAUGCAAGCGCAUCACCAAGUGACAAGAGGAAAAGAGUCCGUUGUGCGGAAAGGUGGAUUAAAACCGUUGCAGAUAAUGACUGAACGGAGGCAAGGGAACAAGAAAGUGACGAAGCUCUCGGGGAUGGAAUCUUUUUUGAUUGAUGCUGAGCCAUUGGCAUCGGAACUGCAGAAGAAGUUUGCUUGUAGCACAUCCAUUACGGAAUUGCCAGGGAAGAAGGGAUAUGAGAUUCUGGUUCAAGGCGGGGUGAUCGAUGUUCUUGCUAGAUAUCUUGUCGAGCAAUAUGGGAUACCGAAGAAAUACAUCGAGGUUCUUGAUAAAACAGCCAGGAAGUGAAGUUGUUCAAAUUAUCAUGUAUUAUUGUUCUUUGUUGGAGUUGCUACUACUUUUGAAUGACUGACCCUGCUAGCUACUGUUAUGAUAUGCAUGAUUUCACUUAGUUGCAUCAUAUACAACUAUACCAACCCCAUGAUUCAUGUUUUAAAGGCUCGUUUUUGA